CUCCAGUCAUGAUUAGCCAGCAGAAGCUUUUUAUCCUAUGGACAUGGAUGCUACUCGUGGCGACCUUAUGCCCGGGUGUCCAGCCCAGACGCGGGGGCGGGUUCAAGGGGCGAGGGAAGGGUGUGGGUCUGGGAGGCAAAGCUCCACCUUCCCAGAGUCGUGGCUCCUCAAAGCAGGGGUUGAAGCUGGCCGGCGCCGCCGCAGCCGGAGCCCUGGGAGGAGCUGCCAUUGGCUACGGGCUGGGAUCCCUCGGUAGGCCGGGACAUGGUUACGGGCGUGGCUAUGGAACCGACUCCGAUGGCUACUACCCAGAGGGCCAGGGCUUUCACAACCAGUCUGACUGGCGCCUGUACAGAAGUGCUGCUGACCCUGCGACCAAGAGCAACGUCAUCGCCACGCUGGGAUCUGCACUGCUUCUCUGUCUAGGUGGCUGGAUGAGGGCUUUCUAGUCACAUCCCGUUCUUAGGGAAACUCGGCUGAUUCUGAAAUAAAAGGUUACUUAGAACCGAUUGGUCUUGCCGUUCUUGGGUAUCAGGAUUCUUAAUUGGAUAAUAGCAACAUCUGAAGGCCCACUGGGACUGUUGUAAACCUCUGGGACCUCAUUAGCAGGGUGUGGCUGGGUUAUGUUAUUGUGAAUGUGUAGUGAUGAUGUGCGACUAUAGAGAGGGGAGAGGCCUGGGUAAUGUUCAGCUGCCUUUACUGUAAUGGGUGGAAAGAGCGAGAAGGAAUAGUUCAUUGCUCAUGUGCAUCUCCUUUGCUGUAAAUGUUACUGUUAAAGGACAUUCAUCUUAGUGUUACUUGUGUAGGCAAGAAAAGUCAUACAAAUGUUGGAUGAACACUGUAACGCACUGGGUUUCGGGAACUUCAGUUAAUAAAGAUGCCUUUGUUGAUGACGGGAAAUAGUUUGAAAUAUGUCUGAAAAAUAGAUGCCUGUACAGGGUCUUUGUAUUCGUCUUCGUGUGACUGGAGGCAAGGAAAGUCAUACAAAUACAGUUGAUAGACAGUCACGCACUGCGUUUCAA